UUCCCUCCCUCAUCCGGGUCCUGGGCGAGCGGGCGCCGUGCGCGUGUCCCGCGGCCGAGCUGCUAAUAAAGUUGCACUAAGGGGAAGCGCAGCGACGGCGCCGGGGGAGUGCGUCCAGCCGGCGGCUGCUGUUAUUACGUGGAGUUUGGAGCCUAAGCUUUGAAAACUCUCAUGUGGCGCCCGUCUUAAGUCGGAGCAUGCUCAGUAGCCAAAACAGAAUUUGGUUGCAGAAAGAAGCCGGGCGAGGAUAGUCCGGGUAUUUGGACGUUUGCCCGAUUCCUAACAAAAUGUUCCAAUUCUGGGUUUGAUGGCAUUGGAGAAUGGAGCUGUAGGCCAGCCUGGAGGACUUGAACCAAUGAAAGAAUCUUAUGGCACUUAUGAAGAUAAAUGUCACUCCUCCAUUUUUAAUUGGAACUUCUGCUUAGAACCUGUUUAUGACUUUUCAUCUGUGAGCUCUUCUUUGAGUAGCCACUGACUUCGAGUUGCAGGAAGGUCUCUGAAGAUUGAUAUCAAAUGACGUCAAUGGCCAGCUUGUUUUCCUUUACUAGUCCAGCAGUAAAGCGAUUGUUAGGCUGGAAGCAAGGCGAUGAAGAGGAGAAAUGGGCAGAAAAGGCAGUCGAUGCUUUGGUGAAAAAGCUAAAGAAGAAAAAGGGUGCCAUGGAAGAACUGGAGAAAGCCUUGAGCAGUCCAGGACAGCCGAGCAAAUGUGUCACUAUUCCCAGAUCUUUAGACGGACGUCUGCAGGUUUCUCACAGAAAAGGCUUACCCCAUGUUAUAUAUUGUCGUGUUUGGCGCUGGCCUGAUCUGCAGAGUCAUCAUGAGCUAAAGCCAUUGGAUAUUUGUGAAUUUCCUUUCGGAUCUAAGCAAAAAGAAGUUUGUAUCAACCCAUACCACUACAAGAGAGUGGAGAGUCCAGUCUUACCUCCAGUAUUAGUGCCUCGUCACAAUGAAUUCAAUCCACAACACAGCCUUUUGGUUCAGUUUAGAAACCUGAGCCACAACGAGCCGCACAUGCCACAAAACGCAACGUUUCCAGAUUCUUUCCACCAGCCCAACAACACGCCUUUCCCCUUAUCUCCAAAUAGCCCCUAUCCCCCUUCCCCUGCUAGCAGCACGUACCCCAAUUCUCCAGCAAGUUCUGGACCGGGAAGUCCAUUUCAGCUCCCAGCUGAUACUCCUCCUCCUGCCUAUAUGCCACCAGAUGAUCAAAUGGGGCAGGAUAAUUCCCAGCCCAUGGAUACAAGCAGUAACAUGAUUCCGCAGAUUAUGCCCAGUAUCUCCAGCAGAGACGUUCAGCCCGUUGCCUAUGAGGAGCCCAAACAUUGGUGUUCAAUCGUCUACUAUGAAUUAAACAAUCGUGUUGGGGAGGCUUUUCAUGCCUCUUCUACUAGCGUGUUAGUGGAUGGAUUCACAGACCCUUCAAAUAACAAAAGUAGAUUCUGCUUGGGGUUGUUGUCAAAUGUUAAUCGUAAUUCAACAAUUGAAAACACUAGGCGACAUAUUGGAAAAGGUGUUCACCUGUACUACGUUGGUGGAGAGGUGUACGCGGAGUGCCUCAGUGACAGCAGCAUAUUUGUACAGAGCAGGAACUGCAACUUCCAUCACGGCUUUCAUCCUACCACUGUCUGUAAGAUCCCCAGCAGCUGCAGCCUCAAGAUCUUUAACAACCAAGAGUUUGCUCAGCUUCUGGCUCAGUCUGUCAACCAUGGGUUUGAGGCGGUCUAUGAGCUCACCAAAAUGUGUACCAUUCGAAUGAGUUUUGUCAAGGGCUGGGGAGCAGAGUACCACCGGCAGGAUGUUACCAGCACUCCGUGUUGGAUUGAGAUUCACCUUCAUGGGCCUCUUCAGUGGCUGGAUAAAGUCCUGACUCAGAUGGGCUCCCCUCUGAACCCCAUAUCUUCCGUCUCAUAGUGCACAAGUAGUCUUUUCAAUUAUAUUAUUAGUGGACUUGUUUUAAUUUUAGGGAAACUUUCAGUACAGAUACUGUGAGCCUACAUGGAAAACAGAUAUUACAGCUUAUUUUUUCCUACAUAAUUGUGACCAAUACAUUUGUAUUUUGUGAUGAAUCUACAUUUGUUUAUUAUUCGUGUUCAUGUUAACUCUCAAAAGUGUUGUGGAAAUUGCACAUAGAAGUAUUGUACCCCAGUUCACACAUUUGGCAUUGAUCUUAAACUGGAACAUAUUUUUGCCAUAUUGUCCCAACAACUUGUUGUUUGUUCAGUUUUUUAGAAAAAUUUAAUGCAUCACAGAAUGAAAAAUUAUAAUAGAAAAAGAAGGUAUACGGUGAAAAUUCUUCCCUUCUACUCUUAAUCCUACAGGAGCUAUACUUUCUCCAGUUUCUUUGUCCUACCAAUGUUAAGAAAGUUCCUUGUUUUCCAAAAGCAUAUGGUAGGAGCUGAAAAGAAACUAUAAAAAAAAAAAACCUUUAUUUGAAGGAACACUAUGCACUGCUCUAACAAGUAGCGUUCAGUAAAAGCAAAGUGAUAGUUUUCUAGAUGAUGUCAUAAAGUGUACUUUUAUUACAGCUGAGUGUGUGUCAGUCUGUUGUGGCUUCCUUCAGUAUAUCUUUUGUAAAACAUUUCCUUUUUUUAAAAAACUUUAUUGUAAACAACGGAUCUCCAGUAUAUGUCACUAACUCCAAGUCUGUCCCAAGUCCUACUUUAUAGCUAGUGAUGGUGCAUGCGCGGUCUUGUUCACCUUGGCUACUUUUGGCCACUGUUGCAAGAACUCUAAUUUUGACAUAUGCAUUAAUCUCUUAUUUUGCACUUUGAUGGGUGACAGUUUUUAGUGUAACCUUUUAUGAAACACACUCAAGUGACUUGGACUUAGAUGAUCAGCCUUACUUCCUUGGUGCCCUUUUGUAUUAACAGACACUGUGGUUUAUAGAGGACAGUUGUAGGAAAUUAGACUUUUUCUACCUUUUUUGUAUUUUCAGCCUAGAUUAUGAGAAUGUUAUUCUGUAGCUCCAAUGUAAGGUGCCUUUCUAAUUCCCUUCUGCUCUCUGGGUGUCGCUCAUGUUAAAAUCACGCACUCCUCCCGUUGCUCGUACUGGCGUGGUUGCCCCGAGCACGGAAAGGACCUGUGUUCUGUAGCCGGAAGAGCUGCUUCACUCUGGCCCUGGGUCGAGGCUGCUGGUCUGGUACUUAAACGAAUAAGCAGUGGUUGUUGAGAUAGUUGAUUUUGAAAGAUUCUCAUAUCAGAAAAUGCACACUGUUCUCUCAGUUCCCGUGUAUGCUGUUUUUUUUCCUCCCCAUUUCUUAGCACUUCUCUGGAUGCUAAUCUCCCAGAACACAGUCCUCCGAGAAGAAAGACAUGAAAACUAAAAUAUCUGUUCAGUCAGUCAUGCUUGAAGGCUUUGGGUAAAGGACUGUUAACCUCUUCUUCCAGAGAGCCGCCAAUAGACACUUGGGUAUAGCAUGAGAACAAAGACUUCAUUUUGAAAAAGUGACCUAACUUAACCUAUCCGAGAAAGCUACUUUCUGGUGCCUUUUCAAAGUACAUGGAGCCACAUCAGUCUUCUGUUUAAAGUGCUAGUUUGGUUUGACUUUCUACUUUGCCCUUUCGCAUUUUUUGAGGGAAGGAGAAUGCGAUUCCUUUUUUCUCUGACAUUAUUUAUCGUUUUUACAAAGUGCAGCCAGUGGAUGGUUUAGUUCUGUCAGAUCAAGUGCCAUAUAUGUUUCAGCUCACAGUCCUUUGCUGCAUAAAAGGCUACUUUCCCACAGUCAGCUGAGCCUCAGACAUAAGUAAGCUCUCCACGACAUCCAUUCAUCAUCUUCCGCACAUGUGUCCGCCCCAUGAAAGAGAAUUAUUUGCUUAGCGUUAGAACCUAGCUAUUUACAUUGUUCUCUGACUUACCAGGCUUGAGGCAUAAUCUUUGGAACAAGUGUGUCAGAGGAAACCACCAGGUUGAAUGACAGAUACAUGUCAUCAACUUCCGUGGACUUGAUCUGGUGUAAGCUAUUGAAUUGUUUCAUCGAUGUUUUCAGUUGCUUUGCUUAAAAUUGCUUUUAUUCCUGUUACAGUCUUUGGAGUUGUCAGGAUUUUAUGUGAUUGGUCUUUUCUGUGUUUUCCUUAAGGAGUUGUAUCUCACAACGGUCAGUACUAUUGACCAUUAAGAGUUCCAUGGAAAAGGAGAAGCCUGUAGUCUUACCUAAAAGUUAUUAACCAUAUGCCCCUGGAUUUUAACUGAAAUUUUUAUUCUGUGUCGUUGCUUCAAUAAUUCCCGGGGGUGCCCCAAAUUCAUGAGCAGGAAAUAAAAAUUGCCAGUAAGAUUUUAAAAACUAAAAUUCUGACCGAUAAAUACACUUCUGAAAGAAACCAUUUCAGAAAAUUACAGUUUUAAAUUUUUUAAAUCUUUAAAAUUUUUGAAUCUUUGGAGUGGUUUAUGGCCAAAUUCAUGAAACCAUCAGCACCAGUAGAAUAGUCUCAUUUCAUAUUAAUAUAUGUGAGCUAAAAAGAGUAGAGCCUGAGAAUAAUAAAAUUAUAACCAGUUUGGUAAAUGCAAAAAGAGAAAUAGACUGAAAAUUCAUCUGAGUAAUGAAUUAACCCAAGAAAAAGGUGCUUGGAAAAAUAGAAUUUAAGAGAUGCAUUUGACCAGCGUGUUUUUAUAAUACAGUAUUAUGGUCUGUUUGGUAUUGCCUGGCUUAUGCUGUAGAAUGUAAACUAUUAGGCAUGUUAUUGAUCUUCUGAAGCUAACACUUUUUCUUUAGAGAUUAAAGAAGACAUCAAUCAAAAUGUCAAGUGUAUACAUCAGAAUAUAAAUCACUUUUCACACUUACUGUUAUGUAAGGGACCCAUGGUAAUAGAAUUGGCUGGGUUUCUUAGUUGAAACCCACAGUAAGAUUCCUAGGUAGUUCAGUGAGCUGUACCUAAUAGUAUAGAAAGAGGAUGUAGCUACUUGAUACUUUUCCUAACAUUUGAGAGGAAGAUAUCCUUGUAAGAUGUAAAAUGAUCAAGAAGUGUUCAGAUCUGAAAUCUCUUGUCAGGACGAGAACUGGGGCUCGCGGGUUCCUGUGAGGCGUUCUGUUGAAGGAGAAGGUUUGUCCAGAAGAUGAAACCCUCCCAGUGGCAGAGAACCUCCAAAUGUCUGAGAGUACCUGUUUCAGUACUGUAUUUCUGUCCUGGAAAGCCUGUAAUACGCCAGCUUGGAACCAUUUCUUUAUACUCUAUGGUUGUUGGCUCCGUGUUCCUUUGAAUCGUUACACUUCCCCACUAAAUGUGUCCGUGUCUUUUAUACUUGCUGAAGAAGGAGGACUUGGUAAUUCAGCUUCCAGCGAGGACUUCGGUUUUGGAUCUGUUAACCUGUAAGAGGAUCAGAGCCCUCCUUUGUCGUAGUGCUUAAAUCCUUGUGCACUCUCUCAAGGUAGGACUGUAGCUGUGUGUCCUCGUGACACUCAGCAGCUAGAUAAGCGAGGAUCUCUGCAGGUGGUAGAUAGCAUGGUGGUUUCAGACAUGUUUGGUGAUUUUUGUGGGAGGGGGUUUUCCUAAACACUGUUUGUGGGUGGUCUCUCGGGCUACUAACUCGGGCAGCUUUAUGGAGGGCAGGCUCAUAUUCGGGGCCCAUUUCCUCCAGAGCAGCAGCGUUUCCCUCCCUGAUAGAGGUGGGAUUUGGGAGAGGCGUUCUUCUCACAGAAGACGCAUGUGUGGAAAGUGAGAAUUCAAGGCAUUUCUUCUGCAAAAACACUUUUGCCUGCUGGACAGAAGCUUGAACAGGUCUUUGGAAUUUACUGGGUCACAGUUUAGCAUUUCCUAAUUACGAGAGGUAACAGUAUUUAUUAAGCCUUUGUUAUAUUGGAUUAUUCGUAAUGAAACACCUUCUAAACUACAGCUGUGUUACAACUGCAGUGUUACCCUAAAAUUGGAUGGUUUACAAAAACCAAUGAGAGGUAUUUUACAUAGCCCAAAAAAAGAAUUUUUUUUUUUUUUUUUUUUUUUUUUUAAGUAAGAGCAUGUGAUGUGCUAUUUGCUGGUAGCAGUUGCUGUAAAACAGAAGACAGGAUGUCUUGGUGAGAAGACCCGGCCUCAGUGCAGGAGACUUCUGUCAUUCAUGGCAAAGUGAACACCUCCCAGUGAUUCAGUUCUUAAAUUGUUAGCAGUCAUCACACACCAUUGUCCUUUAAGGAUUUCUUUGAAGAUCCUGUUAUUGAAAAGUUCAGAAUUCUGUGUGCAGGUAGAUUUUGCCCUCCAUGAAGAAGCAGUGCCUUCCUGAUACUAGCUGGUGUUCACUGUAAUACGACCACAGUGAGGCCCAGCAGCCCCACCUUCGUUAUGAAAGAAGUUUAUUGGAGUCAGAUCUUCUCAUAUCAUUGGAGAUAAUGUUGCUUUGAUUUAUUCCUGAAGUAUUUUGUACGUAGGGACUCUUGAAGAUAAUAAUUGGGCAAGCAAUUUUCUUAAGCUGGUUGGUUAAAAUUGCCUUUUAAAGAUCACUUAUUUGAAAAUUAGAUUGACUGUAAUCCUGAAAACGGGAUGUUUUUAUGUGCCUGCCCAUCUUCUCUUAAAAAGAUACUUAUAUGCAGAGGAUAAAGACCAAACCAAUGGCUGCACUGUAGGUCCGCUUCUUGUUCUGCUUCUGUUUAUGUUGUAGAAAAUGAAAUUCUGGCAAGAUGCUUCAAGUCUGUUACCUUUUUGAUACUCAUCACAAUGUAUUAGGUUUUACUAUAUUGUGCUUCUUCAAAGCCAUAACUCUUACGAACUUUGUUUUUGCAUAUUGUUUGCUAAUACCUUAUUUUAAUAAAUCUCAAAAUCUGCUUAA